GGCUACACCAAAGAUGAUUCUGCAAAUAAUGGGGGUGAACGGCAUAACUUUAUCUCAUGUAAAGAGUCAUCUUCAGAUGUUUAGAAGCAUGAAACAAGAGCAAAUGAUCAGAGAUAUGAUGCAAGAUUCGAAUAGAAGCACAAGCAUGAUGCAGGGAAACGUUGAUUUGACUCCUUCACGCCCAUCUUACCGAAGACAAUCAAAGAUACAUAAGCUUAAAGCCUUGUUUGAUCAAAAUCAUGAUAAUUUAUCAUCCCCAAAUAAUAAGGGUCCAUUUUCUUGUACUUCCAUGGGAGCAUCUCCUCAAGAUUAUAUAGCUACCACUUACAAUCAAGGUGACAUGUUACAACGUUCGCAUGCCUAUAUUGUCUUCCAUGAUCUCCAUAAAAGUUGCACUAAACUUGAGGACAAGGAGAAUGAUGAAGUGAUCUCUAGAUGUACAUCACGAUCAUUAUCAUCAGAAGAUCAGAACAUGAAAGCACCACUCAACUUACAGUGGAAAUCAACAUAUAGGAUUUUGGAAGCUGGUGUUCAACAAUCAGCCUUUGAUGAGUCUCAUAGGCAGUCUGAGCAUUUCCUCUUCGUUGUGCAGGUUGAGAAGACAGAAUAUCCGUUGGCUCAGGAGGAUAAAUAA